UUAUAUCUCAUAAAUUUAUAUAUACGAGGAGUUAAGAAUAAACUCAUGUUUUCAUUGUCUCUCUUAGGUUCAGUAAUGGGGUCACAGUCUCCAUUCUCUCUACUCACUUUGUUUGCACUCUUAAUGAUGAGUUGCAGUCCUUCCUCUGUGGUUGCAACUUCUUCUUGUCAUUUCCCAGCAAUCUUUAACUUUGGUGACUCGAACUCUGAUACUGGUGGCUUGUCUGCUGCUUUUGGUCAAGCUCCUCCUCCACAUGGAGAGUCCUACUUCCACCACCCUGCCGGCCGCUACUGCGAUGGCCGCCUUAUUAUUGACUUCAUUGCUGAGAGCCUUAGAUUGCCUUAUCUAAGUGCAUACCUUGACUCAAUAGGCAGCAACUUCAGACAUGGUGCCAAUUUUGCAACAGCAGGAUCAACCGUCAGGCCUCAGAACACUACUCUUAGACAGAGUGGUUAUAGUCCCAUUUCCUUGGAUGUUCAAUAUAAUGAAUUCCAUGAUUUUCACACUAGAUCCCAAGUCGUUCGUAACAGGGGUGGAAUUUAUAAAAAAUUAUUGCCAAAGGCUGAAGAUUUCUCUCGUGCUUUGUACACAUUUGAUAUCGGACAGAAUGAUCUUACUGCCGGUUAUUUCUUAAAUAUGUCCACUAGUGAAGUUAUGGCUUAUGUUCCUGAAGUGCUCAGCCAGUUCAAGACCCUUGUCUCGUACAUAUAUUAUGAAGGAGGAAGAAACUUUUGGAUCCACAAUACAGGACCUUUCGGAUGUCUAGCUUACGUGUUGGAUCGCAUUCCACUUCCAUCUGGAGAGAUUGACGGCGCCGGAUGUGGGAUUCCAUUCAAUAAAGUUGCUCAGUAUUAUAAUCAUGGACUGAAGAAUGUUGUUGCCCAAUUGAGAAAGGAAUUUCCUGAUGCUGCAAUAACAUAUGUUGAUAUUUACUCCCUCAAGUACAGCCUCUACAGUCGAACAAGAAAGCACGGGUUUAAUGAAUCACUGAGGGCUUGUUGUGGGCAUGGUGGAAAGUACAAUUACAACAAGAAGAUUGGAUGUGGAGGAAAGAUUACAGUGAGAGGGAAACAAGUGUUGGUGGGGAAAUCAUGUGAUGAUCCGUCAGUUUGGAUUAAUUGGGAUGGGGUGCAUUACACUCAAGCAGCUAACAAAUGGAUUUUUGAACAGAUUGUAGACGGUUCUUAUUCAGACCCACCAAUUCCAUUGAAGAUGGCUUGCCAGAGGCAUCCUUUGCAUCAAAAGAAGCAGCAAAACGCACUUCGCUUGCUCAAUUCUCACUUUCUCUCUCUCUGUCUCUGUUUCUUCUACAUGAUGGAACCACAGUUAUUGAAAAAUGUUAUACUCGGCAUGUACUUGAUAGUGUCAUUAGCAUCAUCGCUUCCAAAAAGUAGAGCAUCACAAAAAUCUUCAUGUCAUUUUCCUGCAAUAUUCAACUUCGGAGACUCAAAUUCAGACACAGGUGGUCUCUCCGCUGCGUUCGGCCAAGCCCCUCCUCCUAAUGGACACACUUUCUUCCACCAUCCUGCCGGUCGCUUCUCCGAUGGCCGUCUCAUUAUCGAUUUCAUAGCUGAAAGCCUGGGACUACCAUAUCUCAGCGCAUACUUAGACUCGGUGGGUUCAAAUUUCAGCCAUGGAGCUAACUUUGCUACUGCUGGAUCAACCAUCAGACCUCAAAACACCACGAUGUCUCAGAGUGGGUACAGUCCCUUUUCAUUAGACGUACAACUAGUCCAAUACUUGGAUUUCCAUAGAAGAUCACAGGAUUAUCGUAAUCGAGGUGGGGUCUUUGAGACAUUAUUGCCUGGGGCAGACUAUUUCUCAAAUGCUUUGUACACCUUUGAUAUUGGCCAAAACGACCUCACUGCUGGUUACAAGCUCAAUUUGACUGUUGAACAAGUGAAAGCUUUUGUCCCUGAUAUAAUCUCUCAUUUCUCUAAUACUAUUAAGGUUGUAUAUGCACAAGGAGGAAGAUCAUUUUGGAUACAUAAUACAGGCCCCGUUGGGUGCCUGCCAUACUCUUUGGACCGCUUCCUAAUCACAGCAGCCCAGAUAGAUAAAUAUGGAUGUGCCACCCCAUUCAAUGAGGUCUCUCAGUAUUUCAACAAAAGAUUGAAAGAAGCUGUGGUACAGCUCAGGAAAGAUCUCUCCCAAGCUGCUAUUACUUAUGUUGAUGUCUAUUCACUCAAGUAUACUCUAAUCACCCAAGGCAAAAAAUUUGGAUUCAAGAACCCUUUUAUAGCAUGUUGUGGUCAUGGUGGAAAGUAUAACUAUAAUACAUAUGCUAGAUGUGGUGCCAAGAGGAUUGUGAAUGCAAAGGAGUUGAUCAUAGCCAAUUCUUGCAAAGAUCCAUCGGUUAGUGUAAUUUGGGAUGGUGUCCAUUUCACUGAGGCAGCUAACAGGUGGAUAUUCCAGCAAGUUGUCAAUGGCUCAGUCUCAGACCCACCAAUUCCACUGAAUAUGGCCUGUCCCACAGUGGAACAGUAAUUUAAUUUCUUAUCCAUUUUUUGUCCAAAAUUGUAACUUUUUGAAGGUUGAACACUAAACCCUGUAAUUAAAAUCUUCAAGCUUAAACUCGAUUGCUCAAAGCCUCUAAUGUAAGUCUCAGACCCACAUUUAUUUUAUGCCA